AAUAAAGUAAAGCUGCACAUGGAAUGAAUACCGACGAUAGUCGCAACCAGGCAAUCUAGAGACAUGGGCAACAGAUUAGUUGAAGCUCAUACAAUCAGGAAUAUGGAACCACACCGUAUCGCGUUGUCCUUUUCUACCAGUCACCCGAACCACAUUUCUUAUCAGUGGAGCUCCGAAUGGAUGUCUUAUCUCCCUGCUCCACCAUACUUGUCCCUGACAACCCACCAGGCAUCACGUCCAGCACAACCCCGAUGGAGAAAAGACCGUUAGAGGACACGACUGGCACCCACCCAGUCAAAGCCCGCCGCACUGCGCGUGCGUGUCUGCAGUGUCGCGCCAGAAAGCAACGCUGCUCUCCCAGCCCAGAGGGGCCGCAAGCACCGUGUCGCCGGUGCAGACAGCAAGCUACAGUUUGUUCCUUCCAGACUGAGCGGGCAGUGGCACUAGAUGACGUCCCGGGUCCAUCGCGCAUGGCGCAGUUGGUGGUGGAGCUGCACCAGCAGAUCAAUCACCAUGAGACCCGGAUCGCGAAACUCGAGAGACAAGCGUCUAGGGUAAAUGCAUCAGCCAAAAGACACCUCGACGUACCCGCAGAGACUCCCCACCGUCACCAACCCUUGGUAGCCACUCCAUCGCAUUCUCCGGGGUUCAGCAUGGAUGGCAUCGAUCUCGGGCCUCCAAUUGCUACUCUGCGCUCUUUGGGAGCCCUGGCCAUGAAUGAUUCCCAGGCUGGCUUUGAUCCCGUUGCACGUGGUGUUAUAUCAGUUGAAGAUGCGCAAAGUGCAAUAACCCUAUUCUUCAAUCAUUGCCACCCGUGGGCCCCAUUCUUAGGAGAUGAGAUGCGUUAUUCGUGGCAGGAUCUGCGACAUACUUCCCCAAUCUUGUUCCUGGCUAUCUGUGCUGUGGGAAUGCGCUUCCACAACCCCGAUCCGGCAAUAAACUCAUCCUUCCCCGCUCUGCUCGAUCAAGCAGUGUCGCGGCUGUUGUUGCGCCCAGCACUGUCAGAUGUGACCCUAGAUUCCAUCCGGGUGCUCCUUCUCUAUGCGCAGUGGAUGCCGUAUGCUGCCGAAGACGACCAGUCGCCCAAGAGCCGCUACAACGAAAUUAGUGCAUGGGCUGUGUUAGGUCUCGCAGUGCGCUACGCUCUUUUCCUUGGACUGGACCAGAAAGCCCUCCGGCCAUUGGCCCAUAGUCCGACCGCCCCGUUGUCUGCUGAUGAGUUCGCUCGUCUUCGCGUCUGGUACAACCUGCUGACAUGCGACUUCAACCUGAUGUUAACCUCCGGAUUACCCGCGUCCCUGGAUCCGACGGCCUCCGGGAAGCUUGCAUGUCGGUUCGGCGCUCAUCGGAUGGCACAGCAACCAGCCGACCUGCGUGUUGCCGGGCUUGUUGAGCUGGUCUCGCUGGUAUACCGGACCAUGCGACGCUGUGGUGACGUGUCUGGGCGCCAAUUGAAUGUGGAGGGAUUGCGGCAACUGUACCUGUCACUUGACGAGUGGGAGAAGACGUGGGUUGCGCGCCUUGCACAUACCGAAUCGCAGCAUAACCAGCUGCCCUUCACUUCUGUGAGGUGGUAUCGACUGGCUCUAAGUAGCGCUGCUUUGGCUCCCCUUAUGUCGGCAUCCCGUCCACCUCAGACAGUAUUGCUCCCCCGGUUGGUUCCUUUACUAGCAACCAGCGUGACAGCUGCAGUGCAAAUCUUGCUGUCCUUGUCCAACGGUGCAGAGGAGUAUAUCUGGCAAUUGGAUUCACGCGAUCCUGCCAGCUUCCGGCCAGGUGAGCUUGAAGUGGAUCGAGCCGCUGUCCAGCGGCUUCGCUACGCGGUGGACUCGACGUGGAUCUCGCAUACAUUUGCCGUUAUAUUCUUGGUUCUUUGUUACACUCGAGGUCUCAUUGACGAUGAAAUGCGAAUUCGCACCAUCCAUGACCCCUUGCUGCCUCCACCCCCCGGAUCGAUCAUUGCCCGCCCCCUACAGCUGGCGCGCGACCUCUUCGAUGCUGUCUGCUCGUCAUCUAGUUACCACCCUGCGCGCGACUUUCACACCAUCGUCCACAACGCUACCGCACUAGUGUUGUCACCCGCCGGACACGAAGGGCCCGUCGUAGACGAGCUGGCCCUACAGUCCGUACUGGACCAGAUGAACGAAGUGGGUUUUGAAUGGCCGGGUACCCUUCUGGAUCCGGACAACUUUUGGAGUAUAGACAUGAACUUCCACAAUUGA